UUGGUGUGAGCUGCCGCCGCUGGGCUGCUGUCCGCGCGUGUUCUGACUUCCGACUGAAGGAUUACAGUUAGUUUUGAACCUGUUGACGUUACAUACGGACUUUAUAUCUUACCUUGAUACAUCCCGCUGCAUGGUGGACGUCAUAGAUUCAACAAUGAGCAGUCUGAGGGCGUUUAAGGAACCAUUUGACGGAAGCAGCUCUGAACCUGUGGAGGACACAGACACCACCAGCUUUGUGGCAGAAUUUUCCCUGGAGGCCAAUUAUCCAGUGCAGGUGACAGAUCCUAAUGAUGCUGUGACACUUCACCUGAGCUCCAUGGCCUCUGGAUUCCUGAGCCCCUCCUCAGACAGAAUAAGACAGCCAGUUCAAGAUGUUGAAGAAUGCACCUGCCCAACAUCUACAUCACCAGACUACCCCAAAGAACUGCAGUUACUAAGCAGCCCCUGUGAAAAGUGCUGCUGCCCAGCACCUCCUCCCAAGAUAAGUGACCUCAUGAACGACAAAGAUCUCCUGGACUUAUUGCGGCUCAAGCUGGAUCCGAAUCACUGCACCAUCAAAAACUGGAAGAACUUUGCAAGUCGCUGGGGGAUGAGCUACGAUGAACUGACCCUGCUGGAGCACCGGACCCAGGGCUCCUUGUCCCACAGCCCCACCCAGGAGUUCCUGCUGCGCUACAACCAGAAGACGGUCACUGAGCUCACCGAACUUUGCCGCAUCUACCAGCGCAUCGAUGUGCUACGACUGCUGCAGAGCUGGAUAGAGAAAGACUGGCCGUCACGCUGGCAACAGGCUCAUUAACUCCAUGUAUAUUUUCCUUUGGUCAGGGUUGUACUUGUUAGGGAUUUCUUCUACUACGUAAGCUUUUCAUCGUUAGUAACUUUAGUAAGUGAUCUUAAGAAAAAGAUAAAACAAUGACCAACAGACAGAAUAGCACAUACAAGACGUACAGCUGAUUAACAGUUGUUGUUUUUUUCUUUUAGCCAUGCUAGCCGCCUGGCUCUAUGGCAAUGUUGUUUUGUCUGAUGGCCAAUCUGUUGUUCUGUCGGUUGUUCCACCACUUUGGUCCCUGGUUAUUUAACUGUUAGACAGAGCACACAAACAUUUUGUACAAAUAUUCAUGAUUUUAAUUACCUGAAUUUCUCCAUUUGGGAUCAAUAAAGGCUUAU